GUGCAGGCUCAGCUCGGCCUGAGCUUCCAGGGAGCUGCCCCAUGGCAUGGUCAGCACCCCAUGGGUGGACGUGUCCAGCAGGCAAGUGGUUAACACCGGACGCAAUUCCCAUUCCACCCUGGCUCUCCAGCCCCACUGCCUCCUGGACAAGGCUCUCCUGGGCAGGUUGCUGGUCCGAAGCCAAGGGGAGGGCCAUAGCGGGGACCGGGGCAGCCUUUGUCCCAGGAGCGGGCUCCACACUCCAAGUACACGGUGACACGGGCGAGCGGCGGAGCCGGGAGCAGCCAGGGUUGGAGGAGGAAUGGACCACAAAGCCAAGGUCCUUGCAGGUCUCCUGGCAGCCACUUGUGUCUUCAGCUUCAUUGCCCUCAUUCUGAGCAUCGUGAAUGUGAAGGACGUGAUUCUGCCUCCCAGCACCAAGUACGGGCUGGUGUUUGAUGCCGGCUCCACGCACACGGCUCUUUACAUCUACCGGUGGCCUGCGGACAAGGAGAACGGCACCGGCAUCGUGUCCCAGGUGGAGGCCUGCACUGCAGCCGGACCCGGCAUCUCCAGCUAUGCAGACGACCCCACCGGGGCUGGAGCCAGCCUGAAGCCCUGCCUGGACAAGGCCAUGGAGAUCAUCCCGGCAGAGCAGCAGCAGGAGACCCCCACCUACCUGGGGGCCACAGCGGGCAUGCGGCUGCUGAGGGAGCAGAACAGCACCAAGGCCCAGCAGGUCUUUGCCGAGGUGGCCAGGACCAUUGGCGAGUACCCGGUGGAGUUCCGCGGAGCUCAGGUCCUGACGGGGAACGAGGAGGGCUCCUUUGGCUGGAUCAGCGUCAACUUCCUGCUGGAGACGCUCGUCAAGUAUUCCUUUGCAGAGAAAUGGGAACAUCCACAGGAUGCUGAGGUUCUCGGAGCUCUGGACCUUGGAGGUGCCUCAACACAAAUAACCUUCCAGCCUGGAGUCACCAUUGAGGACAAGAACACCUCUGUCUUCUUCAGGCUGUAUGGCACCAACUAUUCGCUCUACACCCACAGCUACCUCUGCUAUGGGCAGACACAGGCCCUGAAGAGGCUGCUGGCAGCUCUCCACCAGGCCAGCCCAUCCACUGCGCAGAUCUCACACCCCUGCUACCCCAGGGGGUACCAGGAGAACAUCACCACGGCAGAGCUCUACGACAGCCCCUGUGUGCGUGCCCCAAGCAGCCCCAGCGCCGCGCAGCUCCUCAGGGUGAUGGGGACAGGGGAGCCAGCAGCGUGCAGCGCCGCCGUGCAGCAGCUCUUCAACCUCAGCUGUGGGGCCAACAGCACGUGCGGGUUCAACGGGGUCUAUCAGCCGCCCGUGCGGGGACAGUUCUUCGCCUUCUCUGGAUUCUACUACACCUUCCACUUCCUGAACCUGACCAGCCAGCAGUCUCUAAAGGACGUCAACUCCACAGUCCAGGCCUUCUGCAAGAAGGACUGGGCAGAGCUGGUGGAGACCUUCCCGCAGCAGAAGGGAUAUCUACACAAGUACUGCUUCACGGCCAUUUACAUCUUGACACUGCUGCUUGAUGGCUACAAGUUCAGUGAGCACACGUGGAGCAACAUCCACUUCAGGCGGCAGAUGGAAAAUUAUUUGGAUCAUGUGUGGACGUGUCUGUGGUGGAGAUGGGAAAUGAAGAAAAUUUUCCUAAGUCAAAGGUGAAGGUUAGGGCUUAGUGCAUGGCCCUAAGGCAAAAAGGAGUAUCUCUAAGAUGUUACUGUCCCACUGAAAGAGAUUAACCUGUUCUGUGCUGCUGAACCAGAACGUGUGAGCUCUCCUCACCUGAUUCCAUGCUACAACGACUGGCUGCACACACCAUGGGAGCAGGCUGGAUAAACAGAAGCCUUAAGCCCUCAGACUCAUCCAGUGGCACAACAAAUUACAGUGGUCAGGAGAGCCAUGGCUGCUGCUCAUCUUUGUGCUCCCCAUCAGCCCAUGGUGGAUACGAGCUAACACCUAGACCAGCUGGUGGUACAAGCCACUGUGGCUUUUAACUCUUCUAUUGCUCCUGUUCAAGAGCACAUGGUCUUCAGUCAAGGUGUCUCAGUAUUUCAUACUGUGUGUCUCUUACACAGUUGUCCUGUCCUGUGAUAAUCUUACACAGAAGUGUCCCAGAUGCACCUCUUGGUCCCUUCCUUACCCCUGCUUGCAAGGC